AAUAAAAUUAUAAAAAAUUAUAAUAAAAGGGUGGAUAUUCGCUCGCUCUCUCACUCACUGCCAGUCCAUAAACGCCAGUUUGGGAAAAAAACCAUUUCUUUAAUUCCCUCCCAUGAAUGCUUCCAAAAUCAUAUCUGGCAGCAUCUGUGACUCUACAAUAUUAUCACCCUUGUGACUAAGACCUCUCACUCUUCCACACCACACCAUGUUAAACCAUUUCCUUUUCUCACUCCAAAAUUUCCCAUUCUCAUAAUCUUCAUCUUUCUCACUCCUAUUUUUUUUUUUUUCUUCAUUGAGAUUUUGAUAAUCCAUUUCAUCACAAAACAACUUGUUAUAGCCAUGCAAGACCCUAUUCGCACUCCUGCUUGUUUUUCAUCAACUACUGAUCAUGAUCAACAUCAAACGGCUGUGACAAGGUCAGGCCAAAGUGUGGUCAUGUCCAUGUACAGAACCAAGGUUGCCGAUCGUUGCCGUUUGAUCACAAUCACAUGGUGCAAGAAUCUGAUGCUCCACGGGUUAUCGGUUUCGGUGGAAGGCCCGGAGGGGGACAGCCAGUACACUUGCAAGGUUGAGCUCAAGCCAUGGUACUUCUGGAGGAAACACGGUCACAAGAAGUUUGUGGUUGAAGGUAAAGAGAUGAACAUAUUCUGGGACCUCAAGGCGGCGAAAUUCAACGGCGAGACUGAGCCUGCGUCGGAGUACUAUGUCGCGGUGGUUUGCGACGAGGAAGUUGUGUUGCUUCUUGGUGAUCUGAAGAAGGAUGCGUACAAGAAGACGGGUUGUAGGCCUGCUUUGAUUGACCCAAUAUUGGUGUCAAGGAAAGAGCAUGUCUUUGGCAAGAAAAAGUUCUCCACAAGAGCCAAAUUCCAUGAGAAAGGUAAAGUUCAUGAAAUCUCAAUAGAGUGCAAAAACAAAGGUGGGAGUGUGAGCAAUGGGAAUUUCCCAAGUGGGGUUGAGCCAGAAAUGGAGAUUAGAUUAGAUGGGCAUAUUUUGAUUCAUGUCAAACACCUUCAAUGGAAAUUUAGAGGUAAUGAGUCCAUUCAUGUCAACAAGUUAAGAGUAGAAGUCUAUUGGGAUGUCCAUGAUUGGUUGUUCAGCCCAGGUUUAAGGCAUGCAUUGUUCAUUUUCAAGCCAAUUUUACCUUCCACAUCUAUGUCAUCACUCUCAUCUUCUUCAUCAUCAUCUCCACCUUUGUCUUCAUUGACAUCCACGCCAUUGUCGUCUCAGACCGAAAGUUCAGGGUCGUGGGAGAGUUUAAACGCAAAUGGGUCGUCGGAGUUUUGCUUGUUUCUUUAUGCUUGGAAGGUUGAGUGAAAAUGGAACAAGUGGGUAUGUAUAUGAAAAACCAGAAGACCUGAGAUUGAGAAAAGAGAGAAUAAAUAACCAAGUUGAUGGGCCAGCAUAUGAAAUUGGCGAAUACUGAGGAAGACGCCAGAUUGGUUAAGGUGUGAGGGGGAUUGGAUUGAGAAAGUGGGUCCCAAUGGAAAAGAAGGGUAGUGAAGGGGAGAUAGAUAGAAGAGAUACAGCUGGGGGGGGUUGAACAAGUGGGCAUAAUUGGACGAGACAGAUUGUUGUCAUAUACAUUAC